UGACGAUUAGGCGGAUUUAUGUGGAUCGCUGAAUCCAGAGGUAUCCUCCAUGCAUUAGCCAGCGGCAGCCACUAUGAUUGCAGCCCAGCUCUUCACCGCGGCGGCCGAGGGGCGAGCGGAGGUGUGCAAAGAUCUCCUCCGGCAACAUCCCCAGCUCCUUGAGGCCUGCGACCGGCAGGGCCGCACCGCGCUGGUGCUCGCGGCCCGACACGGCCGGCUCCAGGUCUGCGAAGUCCUUGUGGCCGCUCGCGCCGACGUGGAGGCCACGGACUUUCUUGACAAGACGCCGCUCGCCUACGCUGCGGCCGCGCGCCAUACGGAGAUCGCCCGACUUCUCUUGGACCAUGGCGCGGAGGUGGAGGCCACUGACUGCAUCGUCAGAGAUAUGGGCUGCGGCAUCCUUUGAGCACCCUGCAGGGGUACGUUAAUGUAGUCAGAGCCGUAGCAUUUGGCAGUGACAUUGCACAUGACCUGUGGGUAUGUGACAAACUAGGGGAGCGCCA